CAGCCCCAAUCCAGCGGCCGCCCCGAGGUCCGCGCGCCCUCCAUCUCGCGCCCUCUCAGCUCUCCUCCCGCAGGCUCGGCGCCCCGGCCAUGGACGGCAGGGAGGACGGCUGCGCAGCCUUCGCCGAAGCCCGUCGGUGGGUCGAGGCAGUUACCGGGAAGAGUUUCGGAAACAAGAAUUUUCGUGCUGCUUUAGAAAAUGGAAUCCUCCUGUUCUAAUUAACAAGAUCAAACCUGGCAUCAUUAAAAAGAUCAAUCGUCUGUCAACACCAAUAGCUGGACUGGAUAACAUAAACGUGUUUUUGAAAGCUUGUGGAAACCUUGGAUUAAAAGAAGCUCAACUUUUUCAUCCCGGUGACCUUCAGGAUUUAUCGAACCGAGUUACCGUCAAACAAGAAGAGACUGACAGAAGAGUAAAAAAUGUUUUGAUUACCUUGUACUGGUUGGGCAGGAAAGCAGCCAGCAGCCCUUCCUAUAAUGGCCCCCAUCUGGAUUUGAAAGCCUUUGAGAAAUUGCUUGGACAAGCGUUGACAAAGGCCCUCGGGGAAUCCUGCAGCCCCAAGCAAAGUGGAAGAGACAGCGGAUACGGUGAUAUUUGGUGCGUGGGACGCAUCGACCCACUUUCCUUGUCCACCAGCCAUAAGCGGGAUGACUCCUUGGAUAGCUUAGACUCCUUUGGCUCAAGGUCUUCCACCAGCUUCUCAUCGGACCUCACCCUGAAAGGCGGUAGCGAAGAUUGUGAAAGCGACACAGAUUCUGAAAUACGCGCAAGGAUGCAUGAUCCCAGCAAAGACGAUAUGUCCUACCGCCGAGCUGCCUUAAUUGAACCAAAGCCUGCUGCAGAAUUCAACCGUUUCUUACCCAGCAAAGCCAAGCCACCAACAUAUAUGCCGGCACCCUUGCGAAAGAAGAGAAUUGAGAAGAACGAAGAUAAUAGAAGGAGCUGGGCAAGUCCCGUGUUUACUGAAGCAGAUGGAAAUUUUUCAAGGAGUAAAUCCUUGAAUGAUGUCAGUGCAGAUGAGCUACAAACGAUCCGGCAGAUGCGUUACGAAGAGCUCCAGAGAAUAAAAUCUCAGCUGCGGGAACAGGACCAGCAGUGGCAAGAUGAUUUGGCAAAAUGGAAAAGUAGGCGCAAGAGUCACACCUCUGAUCUGCAAAAGAAGAAGGAGGAGAGAGAGGAAAUUGAGCGGAGAGCCUCUGAAAGCUCAGAAAGGCGCAGCAAAACCCUGAAAGAAAUGCAGAGAGACAGGGAGAGGCGAGAUCAGGCUCCCCUGAGGAACUCCUGGGAGGAGACGGAGCAGAGGUAUUUCUCAAACAACGACGUGUUCAGUGCAGAGGAAGCGCCUUCUAGAGUUGGCCUUCCAAGGGAGGCGGACAGCGGCUCGACGAGGGGAGAGGAUCGUGAGCAAAGUGGCCAAACACUGGAGCGUGGGGCAAAGGCCGAACUUCCGAUUGCAGCUCAGAACCUGGCCGGAGGGAGGCCGGAGCCCUUUCCACCAAGCUCCUGUUUGGCGAACGCACAAACUGGAUCCAGUCGGGUUUCAGCUUCCCUCCCGAGAAGUUACCAGAAGACCGACACGGCCAGGCUGACGUCGGUGGUGACCCCAAGGCCGUUCGGGGCCCCUUUGAGAGGAAUCUCGUCGCUUCCCAGGUCCUUUACGAUGGAUGCAGCUGCAAAAUACAACGGAGCAAUCGAAGGGUCUCGGAGGGCUCCAUCGGGGCUCAGCAGGGGCUCAGAGGCUCAGGCAGGAGGGGCGCGAGGCCACAACCAGACGGAGCCCAGAGGUACAGAAGACAGCAAGAGUAGGACAAGCCACUCACUCGGGGAGCACAGAAGGGGAGCGCCUGAAUCGGACCCUAAAUCAGAUCACCACACCAGUCCCAAUGCAGUGACCGUCGGAUCUUCUGCCCCCAAAGUCAGAACCCUUUCGGGGACUGAGGAGUCGAGAUGGCAAGAACAAUACAGUGAUAUGAGAAUCAGUAUAAACCAGAAACCAGGCAGCAGCCGUAGCUUUGGAUUUGCCAUGUACCAAAAUCCUUCCGGUGUCUUCGUAAAAUCAAUAGAAGAAGGCAGCCCUGCAGAUUUUUGCCAGUUGAAAGUUGGGGAUGAAAUCCUGUCCCUCGGGGGCACCAGCAUUUCACACCUGGACCAGGGUGAGUGGGAAGCCGCCAUCAGCCGGGCGCUGGAAAGUGGGCAGCUCGUCAUGGACGUGAGGCGGCAUGGAAGGAAGGACUGGGGCAAAGACCAGCCUUUCCUGCCAUUUGCAAGGCACAAAAUCCUCAAUCUUACCAGUAUGGCUACCAACAUUAUAGGUACACCUGAAAGCAAAUGGAUUGAUGCAACGUCGGGAGAUCACACUUCAACACAAAGCCAACAAAUGCCAGAAGAAGAGUUGCACAGCCAUUUCCAGAACGACGGUCCUGAAACAAAAGUCAAUGGAAUGCAAGAUGAUACAGGCUACUGUGAACAAAAAGACACAGAACCUAUAUCUUUGAAAAACUUAAAAAGGAGAUCCCAGUUUUUUGAACAAGGAGGAGUGGAACCUGCAAUACUUGAUCUCCCUGUUCCACCCAUUGCGGCCCCGAGCCGCUGGACUUGGGAUCAAGAAGAAGAAAGAAAAAGGCAGGAGAAAUGGCAGGCGGAGCAGGAGCGCUUACUCCAGGAGCAGUACAAGCGCGAGCAAGAGAGGCUGAGGGAGGCAUGGCUGAAGGCACAGCGGGAGGCCGAGACGGAGGUCCCCAGGGACUUGAACGAGGAUCAGACUAUCCUGACAUCCCCUGCUAUGUCUGGAAAUGUACAAGAGCCCCCAACGUCUUUGUGGGAAAGAAAUGGAAGUAACAGGACUGAUUAUCUGAGUUCUGAAAGAAAAUGGGAAGAGGAAAGCAAGCAGGAGAAUCAGGGGAAAGACAAAUGUCUCAGUGAGCUAAAGACAAGCAGCUGGCAACAACAAGCAGUUUUACAGGUGGAGCAAAAGAGAAAAUUACAAGAAAUGGAAAAUGGGAAGGAAUGUAAUAUACAGGACACAGUCUACUAUGCAAAGAAACCAGGUUAUCAGGAAGAAACAUCUCAACAGCUGCUGGUGGAAUUAGUCAAGGAACCAAGGUAUCAGGAAAAAGGACCUCAAAAGCCACAGGUGGAACCUGUCAAGGAACCAAGGUAUGGGGAAGAAGCAUUUCAGAAACCACAGGUGGAGCCUUUCAAAGAAGCAAGGUAUUGGGAAGAAGCACCUCAAAAGCUUCUGAUGGACCCAAUUAAAGAACCAAAGUAUGGUGAAGAAACAUCUCAGAAUCUGCUCUUUGAACCAAUCAAAGAACCAGGGUAUUGGGAAGAAGCAUCUCAAAAACCUCAUGUGGAACCUAUCAAGGAACCAAGAUAUCGGGAAGAAGCAUCUCAAAACCUGCUGAUUGAACCUAUCAAGGAACCAAGGUAUCAGGAAGAAGCAUCUCAGGACCUGCUGAUGGAACCUAUCAAGGAACCAAGGUAUCAGGGAGAAGCAUCUCAGGACCUGCUGAUGGAACCUAUCAAGGAAUUAAAGUAUCGGGAAGAAGCAUCUCAAAACCUGCUGAUGGAACCUAUCAAGGAACCAAGGUAUCGGGAAGAAGCAUCUCAAAACCUGCUGAUGGAGCCUAUCAAGGAACCAAGGUAUCGGGAAGAAGCAUCUCAAAACCUGCUGAUGGAGCCUAUCAAGGAAUCAAGGUAUCGGGAAGAAGCAUCUCAAAACCUGCUGAUGGAGCCUAUCAAGGAACCAAGGUAUUGGGAAGAAGCAUCUCAAAACCUGCUGAUGGAACCUAUCAAGGAAUCAAGGUAUCGGGAAGAAGCAUCUCAAAACCUGCUGAUGGAACCUAUCAAGGAACCAAGGUAUCGGGAAGAAGCAUCUCAAAAGCUGUUGGUGGAACCUAUCAAGGAACCAAGAUACCAUGAAGAAACUUCUCAGAAUCUGCUUGUGGAACCAAUCAAGGAACCAAGGCAUUGGGAAGAAGCAUCUCAAAAGAUGCUGGUGGAACCAAUCAAGGAAGUUUCAGUGGAAAGAUUCCAAUAUCAAAGACAUUAUGAAGCACCAAGACAUUCCAAUGGGCUAGGAAGCCACUUCAGUGCCGACAGAAGUAAAUCCAAAUCAACCACUGAUUUAGACAGUCAUCAGGCGAGCGGGCUGAAGAAGAAAUUUUCUGAGCAAUCGUGGAAUACCACUAACUCACUGAAGAGAUCUCAGAAGGAACACGGCCUGUCACCCGCAGAGCUGGAAAGGCAGCAGAUUCUUCAGGAGAUGAGGAAGAAGACGUCCCUGCACACAGACAGCAGCUGGAUCCGCCAGCGCAGCUCCAGCAUGCACAAGGAGCCCAUCAGUCCGUCCAGCGGGAGAAUGAGGAGAGGUGAGAGCUUAGAUAACCUUGACUCUUCAAGAACCCGUUCCUGGAAACCUCACUCCUGGAUGAGCCAGUCUGCAUCUUCAACAUCUUUAUCAGGCAGCCAGGAUUUGGGUCAGCACAUUCCUCCAGUGGUGUCCACUUCAAACCGUGCCUACAUGCGCACCCCGUCAUCCAGCCUGCCCUCCCCGUCCGCCGUAUCUGCUAUGAAAACGUCUUCCUUGCCCCGCAUUCCCCCAUCGUCUCCUGUUCCCCCUGCUCAGCCACCAGGCUCUUCUUCCCAGCUUGGAACUCAGCAGCGCAACAGGUCGGUGAGUGGAAAGCGAAUGUGUUCCGGCUGUAGAAAUGCCCUGGGCAAAGGAGCGGCCAUGAUCAUCGAGUCUCUUGGCCUUUGCUAUCACUUACAUUGUUUCAAGUGCGUGGCGUGCGAGGGUGACCUUGGGGGAUCCCAGGCUGGAGCAGAAGUCCGUAUCCGAAACAGCGAGCUCUUCUGCCACAACUGCUAUCUCCGAUUUAAAACCGGACAGGCAACGGCCAUGUGAUCUGAGCGUGAAGAUGAAGCCUCUGCAAGCGAUGGAGGAAGAGGCUGCUGCUGUAGAUCUAUAAAUAUACUGAGUGGGUGUGUUUGUAGUACCAGAUGUUUGCCUGCCUAGAUUGUGUAGAGAAUUAACUGCAUCCUUCAUAAAACUUAUUUUGAAAUAUUUAUGAGAAGGUCAUUACAAUUACAUUCAAUGUAUAAUCCCACCCUAAAAUAAGAAGCAGAUAAUUGUUGGGAAUUUCAGAUGAUACAUUCUAGGGCAGAGUUUCUUAACCUUGGCCACUUUCAGAUGGGUGGACUUCAACUCCCAGAAUUCUGGGAGUUGAAGUCCACCCAUCUGAAAGUGGCCAAGGUUGAGAAACACCAUUCUAGAGAGUUGUGCAGAACUGCAUAAGAAUUACAUUUGAAGGCACACAGAGGUGGUUGCUGUCCUUAUUUCAGUUGCUAAGCUUAAGUAAUAUUCCCCUUUUAAAACUGUCAACUUCACUUUAUUCAAUAUCCCUUUGUGCUUCAAUGGUUAAAUCCAACUGGGGAAAUUGUGAAGCAUUCUUUUUCGUUCCAUGUUUGAAAUAUGUAACUCUACUUGCACCUCCAACAAGUUAAUAUAACUGAAGAAUUUUUUCCUUCUGUUUUCUUUUGUAUUUGUAAAUAAAGUUGCUGAUGCUGCACUUAAAC